AUGGCUAGUGGAACAACGGAUACGGGUGACUUCCUCGCGCUUUUCAAGUCUAUAGGGCUACCCCAAUCGAAAGCCGCAGAGGCAGCCAAAAACCAGAAGAGCGCAUCGAUUUUCAGUGAAUUGAUUGUUGCACACGACCUCACCAAUGCAAAGCUCAGCGAGAAGCAGGGUGUCCUGGUCGCCACGUUCGCUGGCCAGCUGGCCAAAGCAGACAAAGUUGGCCCCGUCGAACGCGACUAUGGAGUGAGGGCGAUCUUGGAUGAGAAGCUCAAGUCCACGGAUCAAGUGUCAGCCGCGACGAAGUAUUUGGAGUCUCACUCUUCUCCUUUCAAUGAUAGCGAAUUUGAGCAAGAGUGUGGCGUUGGUUACAGCAUCACGGCUGAACAACUCCUCGCCGAAAUAACCGACUACGUAAAGGCCAGCGGCGCUGCGGGAUGGGCAAACUUGGGGCCCACCAUUAGUGGCGUAAAGAACUCUCCGGCUUUGCGGUGGGCCAACCCUCUCGAGGUCAAGAACGCGGUCGAGCAAGUUUUCACGAGUAAGUUCGGUCCAAAGGAGGCAGGCAAACCAGCCAAAGGGAAGAAGGAACCUGCUCCCAAGAAGGACGCCCCAUCUCAAGGAGCUUCCACACCACCAGAAGCAAGCAGCCGAAAAACUGUAUUCGAAGAAGGCUUCCUUGGAUCUCUGCAUAAGCCUGGCGAAAAUGCUCAAAUAAAACCAGAGCUUCGUGAACAACAUCUUGCAUUCACGAAAGGUUCUGUCUACACCCGAUUCCCCCCUGAACCUAACGGCUACCUUCACAUUGGACACUCAAAGGCUAUCUUCGUGAAUUUCGGUUAUGCUGCACAUCACGGCGGAAGAUGCUACUUGAGGUAUGAUGACACCAACCCGGAGAAGGAGGAGGCCCGUUAUUUUGAGAGUAUCUUGGAGAUGGUGCGUUGGCUAGGAUUUGAACCCUGGAAGAUCACGUACUCCAGCGACUACUUCGAUAAACUCUACGACCUGGCUGUGGAGCUUAUCAAACGAGAUAAGGCCUAUGUUUGCCAUUGCACUCAAGAGCAAAUCAAGGCCGAUAGGGGAGAAAAGAUUGCAGCCCCAAAGGCUUGCAUCCAUCGCUCACGACCUAUUGGAGAAUCUCUCGAGGAGUUUAAGAAGAUGAAGGAUGGACACUAUCGGCCAAAGGAGGCCAAUCUUCGGAUGAAGCAAGAUCUAUCAGAUGGAAAUCCCCAGAUGUGGGAUUUAACUGCAUACCGUGUUCUGGACGCACCUCAUCAUCGGACACAUGACAAGUGGAAGAUCUACCCGACUUAUGAUUUCACACAUUGCUUAGUGGAUAGUUUCGAGAACAUCUCGCAUUCGCUCUGCACCACCGAAUUCAUUGCCUCACGCCAAUCAUAUGAAUGGUUGUGUGAUGCUGUUGAGGUAUACAAGCCAAGGCAGUCAGAGUUUGGUCGACUCAAUGUUACCGGCACAAUUAACUCGAAGCGAAAGAUCUUGCAGCUCGUGGAAGAGAAAUUCGUGUCUGACUGGGAUGAUCCUCGUCUUUUCACCCUCAUAGCUCUCAGAAGACGUGGAGUGCCGCCGGGUGCCAUCUUAUCGUUCGUCAGCGGCCUUGGGGUUUCAACUGCAGCAUCAAAUAUUCAAAUUGUACGCUUUGAUCAGACUGUCAGGCAAUACCUUGAGAAUUCUGCACCAAGGCUUCUGAUGGUGCUCCGUCCACUCAAAGUCACUCUCGAAAACGUCCCAGAUGAUUAUGUGAUUAUGGUUGAGAAGCCACUUCAUCCUAAAGUUGCCGAGCUUGGCUCUUCCAAGAUCCCCUUCUCCAAGACCAUCUACAUUGACGCCGACGACUUCCGUCUGGAGGACUCAAAAGACUACUAUCGUCUCGCUCCCGGGAAAACUGUCGGCCUUUUUCAAGCCCCAUACCCCAUCACAUGUACUUCCUACAAGACAGACGGGGCUACGGGCGCUGUCACUGAGCUUAUCUGCCGUCUUGAGGACAACAACACCAAGAAGCCUAAAGCCUUCAUUCAGUGGGUUGCUGACCACGCACCCUCCGGAAGUCCAGUGCGCAUCGACGAAACACGGAUUUUCCACUCCCUCUUUAAGAGCGAUAACCCACUUGCCGCCGUGCCCGACUUCAAGGCUGACAUCAAUCCAGACAGCCUCCAAGUCAUCAGAGGUGCGAUGGUUGAAGUGGGCUUCUGGCCACUGGCGAAGAAAUCUAUUGGAGAUGCCCUGAGCGAGGCCAGGACGCGAGCGGCAAAGGGGCAAAGCGAGUCGAGGUUCCCGUUGGACGCGCCGAAGGUGAGACCCGAGGAUCUAGUAGGCAAGGAGUGUGUGAGGUUCCAGGGGUUGCGGGUGGCAUAUUUUGCUGUGGACAAAGACUCGCGAGUGGCUGCCCUUGAUCAAAUUGAAAGUACCGGAGCCGGAGCGGGCCAAGGUGAUUAUCUGGUGUUGAAUCGCAUAGUUAGUUUGAAGGAAGAUACCGGGAAGGCUGCAUGA